AAAAGCCAUCAGCAGCUGUCCUGAGUUCUUGGUGACAAAGUGAGUGACAAAAGGGAAGCAUUCCUGAGUGAUGCCCUGACCUGGAGGGAACAGGUCUGUUCUGCUCGAGGGGAAGAAGCUGCACCCUGAGAAGGAUGGAGAUGCUCGUGAGAGCAGCUUUGCUUAUGAGUCCUCUUCUCCUCUGCCAUGCUUUUCUGAACCUGACUGGCUCAAACGAGAUCAAAGCUGUAUGGAAAGGACCUACAACCUUGCCAUGUGUCUAUGUACCUGUAGAGGACUUUGUGCAGGAAACACUCACCUGGACUGUGGUACAUGACCAGAACUCCGGCACCAUCUUUCGGAGAGAUGGCUCUGGUGACCAUGUCCUUCUGGCAGAGUACAGGGAUAGAGUCAGUGUCCUGAAGGACUCUCCAGGGAAUGUGUCUCUCCACAUCCUGAGCAUGGAGAUCUCUGACAGGGGAACCUACACUUGCCAGGUCACCUGGAGAGCCAACAACAACAGCCUGAUAGUAAAAGAGAUCAGUACCAAAGUGGAGGUUGUCAAAGUUGCAGUGACCAAGCCCGUCGUCAGGGCGGGCGAGCUGGGGCUGGUGGUGCCAGCGGGAGCCAGGACCAGCCUGACCUGUGUGGCCAGUGGGUCCCCGCCGAUCCGCUACCGCUGGUUCCGGGGCAGCCCAGGGGGGACAGCCCAGCCCCUGGGCAGCCAGGCCGAGCUGGCCUGGGCCCACCUGCUGCCCUCGGACGCUGGGACCUACUUCUGCCAGGCAGAGAACAGGGUCGGGGCGGCGCAGCGCAGCGACACCGUCCAGCUGGUGGUCACAGAAAAGAACCAAACAGACCUGGUGUUUGAAGGUACCUCUUGGACUCCAGGGGGCUCCACCACUAUCACAGAUCUGCCUGUAACAGCAGUUACUCCCGAGAGUGGUGUGGGUUACCCAGAAAAGAAUUACACAACUCAGAAUUCCCAGAGGACUCCCUUGUCCCUGAUCUCUGUCAUCCUGAUCGCCUUGGCUUGCAGUGCUGUGGUUUUCCUUGUCAUCUUCCUUAUCGUUUGCAUUAGAAAGCCCAAGGAUGCUCAAACCUAUGAAGUAAAAUUCCAUAAUUUGAAAGGAGCAGCUUCUUCAAGGUGUGAAAGCACAGGUCAUUAUGAGGAACCCAUCUCCUGCACUGACAGCAACUAUGUGGUGGAGCCUAUGAAAAACAAAGGAGCUGAAGAAAUAAAUACACAAAAGAAUGAAUAUGAAUGUGUUGGAAACACCCAAGAAUCUGAAUAUGAAGUAGGGGACACUGCAUGAGAACUAACUGUGCUCCACAGGUUGCAGUCUGAAGAGUAUCCAGGCAAAAUUUAUCUUUCUAUUCACCUUUGCCCCUGAAAAAUGGGUUCAACAAGCAGUUUUUGCUCCUUGCAAAAAAAAUUUCUGAGCCUUAACAACCUCUGCAGUGAAAAUGCAAACCUCUCUGGGAACUUCAGCUGCAGAUUGCUGUCUAGAUCUUCUGGUUUUGCUUUCCUCAGCUCCCUGCCACCACCUCUGUAGAAGAAAGCCCUCUGAAAGCCAGUGUAUACAGACCCCAGGCCAGGAGGGCUGUCCUGAGGUGACUGCUUUAUGUGACCAGAGGAUCUGCCUUCACAGCCUCGUAUAUGGUAGCAGCACCAGCACCAAGGGCUGCUCAGCAUCGCCAGCACCUUUCAGUGCUGGCCUGCAAAUCAGUGUUUCCCAUCCCUCCCUUCUACCUGAAGUGCUGCACAGGGUAUCCUAGAUGUGAGAAAACCCUUAAAGAAACACUGAAAGCCAGAAGCCAGGAUAAAACCAAAAACCUUACCUAGGGCAGCAGUAUAAGAAGAAGAAAUGUCCCCUGCAGCCCUGGUGUUGUGGAGAGUGGUCAAGGUCUUGGAAACCUUCAAAAUGAAAACAAAAAACCAGCAGCUUUUGGUGGUGAUGGUGGUGGUGAUGGUAUCUUGGAAAAAAAUGUCAACAUGUACA